AUGGGAAAUAUUCUUAGGAGAAGCUGCGCCGUGUACCCGACUUCCGGCGAUGGCGGAGGAAGAAGGCACGUGGCGGAGACGGUGGCCGGAGAGAAUAAGAAGGAACGUUUAAGGAUUAAAGUGAGGAUGAGAAGAGAUAAACUAGAAGAGCUUAUGUAUUUGGCACGUCGUGGUGAUCAAUCGGACAGUGGUAGUAAUAAGAUUGGUUUCUUGCUUCUUAAAGAAUGUAUGGAAGGUCGUUUACCGGCGAGAGUUCUUGGCUCCAGUGACGAUGUUUGGUCUCAACGGUGUGGAGAUCACUUGGUGUCUCGAAGAUUGCGUUCCAUCACGGAAGAAUAA